AGCAGUUACACCCACGUACAGGAAUGUGAAAGUGAAAGAAAGAUUUCUCUUUCACGUUAUUCUUUCCGCAUUCCCCCUCUGGGCUGCACACUCGGCGCUGCUGGGGAGCUACUGGGAUACGGUGGGGGCCCUCUCGGGGCCACAGAGAUCUCCGGGGGAAAGAGAAUCAACAUGGCGGUCGUCCCCGCAUGUGUGUUAUUUGUCUCACCACUGAUUAUCAUUUUUGUGGCAAAGUGGUGGAGUAAAAGAAACAGAGGGAGACAGAAUGAUGAAGAGGCAGGUCAAACGAGUAAUGAGAAGAAAAAAUCUUCCCAUGGACUUAGUAUACAGUGGUGGAGUAAAAGAAACAGAGGGAGACAGAAUGAUGAAGAGGCAGGUCAAACGAGUAAUGAGAAGAAGAAAUCUUCCCAUGGAUUUGGGAGCUUGUUUCGCUGCUGUAUACCAAAGGGGAAAAAGAAAAAAGGAAUAUCAGAAGAACAGCCGCUAAAUGAAACCGGUGGAACAUCUGCUAAUCCUUCACAUCAACAAGAGACAGAACCGAGUCAUCUUCCUCUAUUGGAUUCCAUUUCUACCCAAGUGGAGGUUCACAAUCAGUCAGAUGAAAAGCAAUCUGAUGAUGAUAGGAGCUCCAUCAUAAAUCAUUUCAAAGAAAGCAUCCCACCUAAUGUCUUCCCUGAGAAACGAUCUCCUCAGCAAUCAGAAAGCCUCCCACCUAAUGAACGAUCUCCUCAGCAAUCAGAAAGCCUUCCACCUAAUGAACGAUCUCCUCAGCAAUCAGAAAGCCUCCCUCCUAAUGAACGAUCUCCUCAGCAAUCAGAAAGUCUCCCACCUAAGAAACGAUCUCCUGAGCAAUCAGAAAGCCUCCCACCUAAUGAACGAUCUCCUCAGCAAUCAGAAAGUCUCCCUCCUAAUGAACAAUCUCCUGAGCAAUCAGAAAGCCUCCCUCCUAAUGAACGAUCUCCUCAGCAAUCAGAAAGUCUCCCACCUAAGAAACGAUCUCCUGAGCAAUCAGAAAGCCUCCCUCCUAAUGAACAAUCUCCUGAGCAAUCAGAAAGUCUCCCACCUAAUGAACAAUCUCCUGAGCAAUCAGAAAGUCUCCCUCCUAAUGAACGAUCUCCUGAGCAAUCAGAAAGUCUCCCUCCUAAUGAACGAUCUCCUGAGCAAUCAGAAAGCCUCCCACCUAAUGAACUAUCUCCUCAGCAAUCAGAAAGCCUCCCUCCUAAUGAACGAUCUCCUCAGCAAUCAGAAAGCCUCCCACCUAAUGAACGAUCUCCUGAGCAAUCAGAAAGCCUCCCACCUAAUGAACGAUCUCCUGAGCAAUCAGAAAGUCGCCACCUUAAUGAUGACCUCACUGAGAAACUACCACCUAGGAAAACAGAAGAAAUUACAGUGUUUCAGAAAAUAUUUCAAGAAUUAGGAAUGGACGGAUACAGACAUUCUAAACUGAGCCUGAAAGAUGUUCUCAACCUUGGACAGGAGAAUGUGCAGAAAAUUCAGUGCCAGACUCUUCUAGACGUUCCUAUGUAUUUUCUGAGAAAGCUGAUGUCCCUUAGCAGAAAUGCACGGGAUACAACCCUACAGGAUCAAGCUACAAACUCAGAUACAGACCUGAAUGACUGGGAUCAUGAGGAAGAUUCAUCAUCUGACUGUGAUGAUAAGUUUAAUUCAGUUCAUCCUCUAGAUGUUCUCUGUGUUCUCCUGCAUUGUUCAGACCCAUGCUUACAGCAGGAAAUUCUAUUGAAAAUGUCCAUGUGUCAAUAUGCCCUCCCACUGCUGCUCCCUGCUGGUGGUGGCACAGGCUGCACCUUCAUGCUAUGGGCUAUGAGAGCCAUUGUGAAAAGAUGGAGACCUCAGUCCUCAGAGGACAGUAAAGGGUUUCAUGAAGAUAACUUGGUGAACAUAUCAGUGCCAGUUUUCUCAUUUGUGAGACUAGGGAACUGCAGAACAUCGAAGUCACGCAUUCUCAAUCUUCUUCUCAGCCCAGCUCAUCAGGUGCAAGACUUUUUCCUGCACAGAGAAAUGGAGACUGGGAAUGCUUCACGUAAAAUCUCAAACGGAUUGGUGGAAAUAUGUUGGUAUUUUCCUGGAAGCAACUUAAGAUCAGACAUAAUCAAAAAACCCAUUGCAGUCACAAAUAUGAGAGGAGGCUUGGAUACUGGCGAGGAGCAGUUCAGAUUUUUAAGCCACAUAUCAUCGGCGGUGUUCGUAUUUACAGAGAGGGUCGGGGAGAAAGAGUGUGAACUGUUGGAAAAUUCAAAAAAAUUGAAUGAUACAUAUAUUAUUAUAGAUCCUUCUUCACAAACCUCUAGUGAGGAACUGAAGGACUACAGGAAACUGCUACAAGAAAAACUGAACCUAGAUAAGAAGAAUGUCUGGGAAAGAAAAAGAUCAUCCAAUGAUGCAGCGUUGGUAAGAGAAUUAAAGAAUAUUAUUGCAGAUCAUAUCAACAAAUCCACGAAUAAAAGGAAUCUAGAGGAAAUGUCACAAGAAGCUGAAGAAAUGCGAAUCCAUGUUGAUGAAAGUUCCAAAGAGCUUCAAGCAGGGAAGACACGUGCCGACCAGAUUGCCACCAAUAUACAGGACAUUGUUGAAUAUAAAAAAGAAACAAUGAAGCUGCAGGGAGAGCUCUGGAAAGAACUGUCCAAAACAGAGAAAGAAAUGUGUAGAAUGAGAGACCAGGGCAGUGAGAAUGCAGAAAAUUAUAUAGAAAAGCUGAGGCGAAAAUGCUUUUCACUCCGUGAAGCCCAAAACAAACAAGAUUUUCCUGAAGGCAUGGAACAGUUCAGAAGAGCAGUCACUGAAUUAUCCGAGGCAGAAAAACAAUGCUUUCUGAAAUUCACUAAAUUCAGCCUUGAGUCAGUGGCUAGAAACAAUCUCUGUAAACUGCAGGCCGAGUACAAGGAGACGUUUGGCAACUACGGAGCUGAUGUAGAAAAACUGAAGCAGAUAGAUCAGAGAAUAUCAGACAGCUCCUUGGGUAUUGAACACUUUUUGAGAGAAUUGGGGCAGUUUUAUGAAGCUAAAUAUGUUAUGGAGAACGGCAGUAACAUGGAAGAAAAAUUUAGCAAACUCCCAAGUAUUGCGGCUGAUCUGCUGCUGGAUGGGUUCCCAUUGGAGUUGAUAGAUGGAGAUGCCUCCAACAUACCACAGCAGUGGAUUUCUGAUGUUUUGAGUGAGCUGGACACCAAGACAGGAGGGAAAUCUAGAAUGAGGGUUAUCACAGUGCUGGGAGUGCAGAGCACAGGGAAAUCCACCCUCCUGAACACCAUGUUUGGGCUGCAGUUCCCUGUGGCCAGUGGGCGAUGCACACGAGGAGCCUUCAUGACACUCAUUAAAGUCCAAGAUGAGUUACAAAGAGAAUUAGACUGUGAGUUUAUUCUGGUGAUUGACACAGAAGGCUUAAAGUCCCCUGAAUUGGCUUCUCUGGAUGACAGCUAUGAACAUGACAAUGAGAUGGCGACUCUAGUGGUUGGGUUGAGUGAUAUCACAAUAAUCAACAUGGCCAUGGAGAAUACAGCAGAAAUGAAAGAUAUUCUGCAGUUAGUGAUACACGCUUUCCUUCGGAUGAAACAAAUAGGCAAGAAACACAACUGCCAGUUUGUCCAUCAAAAUGUGAGUGAUGUUUCUGCUCAUGAGAAGAACCUGAGGGACAGACAGAAACUUCUGCAACAGUUGGAUAAAAUGACAGAAAUCGCAGCAAGAAUGGAGAAAAAGAGCCAAAUAACAACGUUUUCAGAUAUUAUAGACUAUAACCUUGAAGAACAUACUUGGUAUAUCCCCGGCUUGUGGUAUGGUGUCCCACCUAUGGCUUCAGUUAAUGCCGGAUACAGUGAUGGUGUGAAUGAACUGAAGAAAUAUUUGAUUUCAUAUAUGAAAAGGAUGAAUGUGAAGGCUCAGACGAUACCGGAAUAUACCGAGUGGAUAAAAAGCCUGUGGAAUGCUGUGAAACAUGAGAAGUUUAUCUUUAGCUUCAGAAACAGCUUAGUUUCCGAAGCUUAUAACCAGCUAUGUAUGCAUUAUACAGGGUGGGAAUGGAACUUCCAGAAGGCAGUUUAUAACUGGUUUACAGAGACAGAAACGUCUAUCAGGAAUCUAACGGCGGAGAAGCUGGAUACAGAAAGAAAACAAAUAAUGCAAGAAAUGGAGCAGAUAUUAAGGAAAGAAGAGAGAAAUAUGUCAGAAUCACUAGAGGACUAUUUUAAGAGCGGGUGUGACAAUGUGCAUCUCCUGGAACCUUUCAGAUCUGAUUUCUUCCGCAGUGUGAAGUAUCUCAGGAAGACACAGGAAUCUGCUUUAGCUAGAAAAUGUGCAGAUGCGUUACGCCUGCAAGAGGACAGGUCCAAAGUCCAGAAAAUACAGGAGAAAUUCCUCCAUAGAAUAGAACACAAGGUUACAGCCAUUAUUAAGGACAGUAGGGAUAGUGUUGAUGAGUUGAAUGAUCAUAUGCUGAAAAAGGAAUUUGAAAACAUGUGGGAGGAGGCAUUACAGGGUUUAAAUAUACAAAGACUAAGUCAGAGGAACAUAGACCAAGAAAUCCUGCACUACCUAAAAAAUAUAUAUAGUCCGACCAAUGAAAAGUUACAAGGAAUAAACAGUUUAGAUGAUUACUAUUGGGACAAUGGUUUUGAUGACCCUUUGAUAAACAAAUGCCAGAAUUACAUUACAGAAAUAAUUAGCACUAAAGUCAACUACGAUGAGACAUACUGCCAUGAUCUUCUCAUUAUGAUAAAGGAAGAACAUAAGCAGAAACCUGUAGAUACUGAUGUAGACAAUGGCUUACCGCCAUUGGACCUGGUUGUUAUUAUUUUUAAAGAAGCUGCUGAAAAAUUCCAGACCCUGCACAAUCAGUUUGUUGAAACUAACGACCCAGCUCGUUCCUUGGACAACCUCAGGUCCCAUUACUUUUCCUUGUUUGAGAGCAUGUACAAAGAAAAGGAUGAGUGUCAGAAAAGGGCUAGAUGUUUCUGUGAGGUUUGUCUUAAGCCAGCCAUCGUCCAGCACAUUCAGAACCACAUGGGGAAGGAGUUGUUGGAUCGUAUUCUACAAAAAAACCCAGAAUUCAGGACUCGUAAAGCUUUCCAGUUUAAGGUUCUUCAACAGCUUCUGAAGAAGAACUCAUUUGAGGAGUACAAUCAAUACAUUAAUAACUACAAGGGCUUUACCCAGAAAUGGAUAUUAAAUUGCAUAAAGGGGCAUUAUGAGAAGUUGAAGAGCAGCAGUGAUUUGUAUAUCAAAGUCCUUGAUUCUGUAAUGAGCAAAGUCAAACAUGCUUCUUCUAAAUCAGCAGGGCAAGCAAACAAUUUUUCCGAUUUUUUAGACUUCUUUUGCCGACAGUUAGAUAAAGAACUGGUCAUCUCCCAAAGUAAUUUGAAGUUGAUAGUUUUCGAAAACAAAUUUAAUGUGUCAGAAUUUUCAAAUGACGUCGAGAUCUUUUUAGGAGAAACUGAAAAACAAAUUAAAGCGGAAAUGAGGAAUUGUAAUGUUGAGACCAUUCUCUCCAAUGUCACCAUGAACCCUCAGGAGGAAUUGUAUAAGAAGGUCAUUGGAUGUGGGAAGCAGUGUCCUUUCUGUAAAGUGCCUUGUGAGGCUGGAACUGACGACCACCUAAAGCACUUUGCCACUAUCCACCGACCAAUCGGUCUGGUGCAGUGCAAUAAAGACGUUGCAGAUGUUCUAGAUCACUCCAUCUGUUCCACCACCGUUGUCUCUAAUAGACCUUCCAGUUCUGUAGAGACAAGCCGGAGCUCUCACCCUUAUAAAGAUUACCAAAAUGAUUACCCAGAUUGGAAUAUCCACCCUGAGGAUGGGAGUAAAGGCACAGAUUACUGGAAAUUUGUGUUGAAAGAGCAUAACCAUGAGUUUGCGCGUGUGCAUGGAACACAACCAGCUGAACUUCCGGAAGACUGGAAGAAUAUCAAUGCAAAGAAAGCUCUACAAAGUCUUAAGAAGUCUUUCAAUGUGAAGGAAAGUCACUCUAAUUAAUCAAAUGGCAUCAAACAGGACAUUAAUACCAAUUAUUUCAAUUUUUUGUGGCCGAUUUGUUUGUCUGUUGGGCAAUUAUCUUUAAAUUUGUUUGUAUUUAACUGUAGUUCAAUACAAGAUUUUUUUUUUUUUUGAAGCCCGUCUGUGCUUCGUUCACCCAAGUGCAAAAAUGUGCUCACGUAAGUGCCACACGGUGCAAAGGGGUGCUAGUGACUUAGCCUCGAAAGAGGCUAAGUUCAAACAUCCAGGUCCAUACCGGCCAAAAGGCACAAAAAACGGUCCCGAAUCUUCGGGAACCCAUUAGCCGAAGCCGAGGGGAACCCCUUUAUCCCCGACCUCCCCGGCCAAAAGGCACAGCGGGAGGCAAGGGUCUUCGGAUCCCCUUCGCCGCAAGGCUAGGGGGAUCCCUUUUCCUUUCCCCUCCAGCUGAAGCCGAAAGGGGUCGGGAUCUGCGGACCUCCAAAGAAGUCCCAGUACAGGGUGCGCCAAAAAUCCAAUAAGUGCUAAAAAAGUGUGGGCAUAAAAAGUGCGUUAAGAGAAUGAAUAAUGAAUAAAAUUCAUAAAAGGGUGGCUUAAAAAGCCCCAGCCUUUCGGCCGGAAUAUAAAAAAUUCUUUCUUACCCCUACCAAAAGGUCUGGGGCAAUAAGAGCAUGUGCAAAAGAAAAGUGCCUGGUGUGCUAAAGUGCCAGUGCUCCACCGAAGUGUUUUUCUGGCACCCCAGGGGUGCAAAUCCUGGGGCGCAUGACGGUGCCGGCCCUUUGGCCAGAGGAUCAAGUGGUUCUCCGCCCAGCGGUGAGGAGGGGCAACUACAUGCAUCCCUUAGCUUAGCAAGCAUCCCCCCCCACGCCAAGAACAAAUACUACACUUGAUCUUAGCCAAAAGGCCGAGAAGCAGUUCAAUACAAGAUGCUUCAGUUAAAAGUAGAGUCCCACAACUACUCUUUGGAGCCUGUGGAGGUGCAAUCAUGGCCGCUCCCACUGAUAUAAACAAACACAAAUAGGGAGACACAUAUGGCAAUACCUACUGUAAAUAUUCUAAUGAACAAGAAAUGUUAUAAAAAAUAUAAGUGGGAACAUGGUUUUCCUUUAAAAUGAACUGAGGCAUGCUCACUGGGGUGCAAGAUUAACUGUCAUUAAGAUGCAAAGAUGUGAAUGGAUUAUUUAAUGAAUAACAUUAAUUAAAUUAAACUUCUGAUUAA